CUGGAAAGCUGCAGCUUGUUGCACGCCGGCAGCAUAUGGAGAGGAAAAGCCUUCAAUCCAGAGAGGGCACCAACCAAAGAGCAGGCAAAAGUGGCUGCUGUUAUGACAGUUUCCCAGAGGAAAAGAAAGAGGGGGAGAGAAACCACAACACUGCAACUUGGAUAUCAGUAACCGCUCUCUCUCUUUAACUCUCUCACCCACCAAAUCGACUUUGAACCUGUUUGUUUAAAAUGCACGGACUUUACAGCCUGCACACUUACUGUUGAUUCUGUAAGGCGGUGCGAGCGAAGUUUCUCAAUACAGGGUCGAUGUUCUGGAAAAGCUAGAAACUUUUUGGUAUCCAAAUGGUGCCCCGUGCAGCCGAGGUGCUGAGCUUCUUUUAUCCGAGUUUUUCGGACGUGGAUUUGCAACUGUCACGGACGAUGGAGUCGGUAGCCAAACCGCGGAGGUACUGAAGACAUCUCUCUCCCCCGGGAGAGUCCUCCCUCCCCCCGGGGCGAUGCGGAUCUCCUUCCUCCUUCUCACCGCCUCUCUGUGUGCCUUGGUCCUCCUCCUCCUCGCACCUGCCUCGGAGGGCUGCGGGCCGGGGAGGGGGUACGGCAAAAGGCGGCUCCCGAAAAAGCUCAUCCCGCUUGCCUACAAGCAGUUCAGCCCAAACGUCGCCGAGAAGACCCUAGGAGCCAGCGGGCGUCCCGAGGGAAAGAUAACACGCAACUCCGAGCGCUUUAAAGAGCUGACGCCAAACUACAAUACAGACAUAAUCUUUAAAGAUGAGGAGGACACGGGCGCCGACAGGCUAAUGACCCAGCGGUGUAAAGACAAGCUAAAUUCUCUGGCCAUCUCUGUGAUGAACAUGUGGCCAGGUGUGAAGUUGAGAGUGACGGAGGGCUGGGAUGAGGAUGGUCAUCAUUCAGAGGACUCAUUGCAUUAUGAGGGGCGUGCUGUCGACAUCACCACAUCAGACAGGGACAGGAAUAAGUAUGCUAUGUUGGCUCGCUUGGCUGUAGAAGCUGGAUUUGACUGGGUCUAUUACGAGUCCAAAGCCCACAUUCACUGUAGCGUCAAGUCAGAACACUCUGUGGCAGCCAAAACCGGUGGUUGUUUCCCUGGUGACGCUCAGGUUGUCGUUGAAGGUGGUGCUGCUAAACAGAUGCGUGACCUCCUCCCUGGUGAUCGGGUCUUGGCUUCCUCAACAGCAGACGGCCAUGGUCCUUUUCUCUACAGCCCAGUCCUAUCCUUUCUGGACCGCCAGCCCAAUGCCUCAAAGAUCUUUUAUGUUAUUGGGACUAAUGCAGGAUUCAAUAUUACUCUCACAGCUGCUCACCUGAUCUUUGUCACAGACUGCACUGCUGGGCUGAAUCAGCAAGAGGAAGAGCCGUUAUCGGGUUCCACGUGGGAAGGCAGGCCUAGAUGGGGAGUAGGUCAGAGGACGGUUUUUGCCAGCGAGGUCCAGCCAGGACAGUGUGUGUUUACAUCGGCAGGGGAAGUGAAGUCGCAGCCAAAACUUUCAGUUGUGACCUUUGUGAGCGAGCAGAGGAGCAUUGGCUUGUAUGCCCCACUCACCCAGCAUGGGUCUAUAGUGGUAAAUGGUGUAUUGGCAUCUUGUUAUGCUGCUGUGGACAGUCACCAUUUGUCCCACUGGGCCCUGGCCCCACUACGACUCUUCUACAGCCUGAUUGGGCCAUCAGAAGCACAGAAUGAUGGGCUGCACUGGUACCCUUGGCUUCUACAUUGGCUAGGGAAAAUGCUGCUGGAUACUACACACUUCCACCCCUGGUCUGUUGAACAAUGACAUAGAUAAGAGGCGCAGAGACAUGUUUCACCACGAUGUCUUCUUUCAGUUAACACUAGUAUGGAGCACUAGAACGCAAAGCACAACAACCUUUCUUUUCACAAGAAAUCAACUGAGGGACCACCAAAGGCAAUUCAUUUUAUAAUGUAAAUAUGUUUUGUAGUAACUCCACUUGCCUGUAUUUGCUGUACUUCAACAAGUUCUUUUGUUGUUCAUGCAAACGAGAUAUAGAGAGAAAAUGAGACAGGACACAUUAUUCUAGUAACAGAAAUAUGGAAAAAUAGUAUUUCUAGUUUUAUUCAUUUCCAAAAAAAUGUAAUAGACAUGAAAAAAAUCUGAUUUCU